GCCAGCCGGGGGAGCGGGAGGGGCCGCGCCGCUGCUCCCGGCAACCGAUUGCCAGAAAAGGGGGAAGAGCCGCAGCUCGGUGCCCGCUGAACACCUGUCAGACCGUGGAGUCUGAUUUAUACCUGGCCCUGGCAGCCUCUCCGCUGAGGAUUUCCCCCUCGUCCCACUUCUGUUUUCUUGGGGGGUUUUUUGUUGUUGGUUUUUUUUUUCCCCCCCUUUUCGCCUCCCCCCUCCCUUCCUGGAGUGGUGUGAAAGGGGGUAUUUUCUUCAGGGUAUAAAGCUGAGAAUACAGAGGAAGAGAGGCUAGGAGCUUCACCUCAUUGCCUCAUUCUCCCUUUCAUGUGAACAUCCUGCAACAUUUCCUUCAUCCUGCCGCACCUCUCACCUGGCCAGCGCUGCCCAGAUCAUGUCCGCUAAGCUCCUGCCGGUUUUCUUCCUCCUCUCAGUGUUUCACGCCUGUUCUAGAAAGGUUGAAGAGGAUGAAUAUGAAGACGGAACAACUAACCAAAAAUGGGUUUUAGCUCCAAAAACACAAGACACAGAUGUGACUCUCAUACUAAACAAGCUGUUGAGAGAAUAUGACAAAAAGCUACGGCCAGAUAUUGGAAUAAAACCAACAGUUAUUGAUGUUGACAUUUAUGUCAACAGCAUUGGUCCUGUAUCAUCAAUAAAUAUGGAAUAUCAAAUUGAUAUAUUUUUUGCCCAGACGUGGACAGAUAGCCGUCUUCGCUUCAACAGCACCAUGAAGAUACUGACUCUGAACAGCAACAUGGUUGGCUUGAUCUGGAUCCCAGACACAAUAUUUCGUAACUCGAAGACGGCGGAGGCUCACUGGAUCACCACCCCCAACCAGCUCCUCCGCAUAUGGAAUGAUGGCAAGAUCUUGUACACCCUCAGGCUUACCAUCAAUGCGGAGUGCCAGCUGCAGCUGCACAAUUUCCCAAUGGAUGAACACUCAUGUCCACUGAUAUUCUCGAGCUGGUAUCGAUUUCCAUUUAUGAAUAGUAUACAAACAGUGAUCCUCAAUCAGAAACCAGAUUGGAAUUUCAGCUGA